UUUAUUCAAAACAAAUAAUAAAGUCAUUCAAUCACUGAAAUUCGCACGAAAUGGAAGUCCCCUCAUCGAAGAAGCCAAAAUCCCCGAAGCGAAUUCUCGUCACGGGCGGCACAGGUCUCGUUGGAAAAGCCAUCGAAGCAGAAUCAAAACACGAAACGGGCGAUACGUGGAUUUUUGUCGGCUCCAAAGAUGCUGAUUUGACAAAUCGCUCGUCAGUUGUUGAACUUUUCAAAAAACACUCGCCGACGCAUGUGAUCCAUUUGGCAGCGAAAGUUGGAGGACUUUACGACAACAUGGCAAACAAUUUGGACUUUCUCCGCGACAACAUGGCAAUGAACGACAACGUUUUGAGUGUCAGUCACGAAUUUCACGUGGAAAAAGUAAUUUCGUGUCUUUCGACAUGCAUUUUUCCCGAUAAGACGACAUAUCCCAUCGACGAAACGAUGAUCCAUAAUGGCCCGCCUCACGAUUCCAAUUUCGGUUAUAGUUACGCCAAACGACUUAUCGAUAUCACGAAUCGAGCGUAUCACGAAAAGUACGGCAGUAAAUUCACUUCCAUUAUUCCGUGCAACGUUUUUGGUCCUCAUGAUAAUUACAAGCACGAAACAAGUCACGUCAUUCCGGGAAUGAUUCAUCGCAUGUACGACUUGCUUUUUAAGGAAAAUCCGGAAGUUCCCUCCGAAAAGAAGUCUUUCAAGGUUUAUGGAAGCGGAAAACCGUUGCGACAAUUUAUUUAUUCGCACGAUUUGGCGAAAUUGAUCAUUUGGGUCGUGAAUAAUUACGAAAGUGCGGAGCCGAUAAUUCUCUCUGUGGAUGAAUCUGCGGAAAUUUCGAUCAGACAAGUAGCGGAAAGUAUCGCAAAAGCAUUUGAUUUCAAGGGAGAACUUUAUUUUGAUACCUCAAAGGCUGAUGGACAAUACAAGAAGACUGCAUCGAAUAAGAAACUUCGUUCUCUUUAUCCGGAAUUUACAUUUACGAACUAUGACGAUGCAAUUAAUGAUUCGGUCAAAUGGUUUAUUGAUAAUUAUUCGACAGCAAGGAAGUGAAUUUCUUUAUUAUUUUUUAAAGUACAGAGUUUUUUUUCGAAAUUUUCAUUCAAUUUUUAAAUAAAAUAUUUUUUUAUUAAAUUGAAAUUUUUCAUUUAAAAUAAAAUAUUGUUUGAAU